AUGAUGAUGGCUACGGGUUAUUCCACUCUCUUUUCUCUCGGCUUGUCCAACAUACACACUUCCUUCCCCCGCGAUCCAGAUGCGCCAGUAUCGUCAAGUCUCAGUCUCAGCUCCACCACUCCGAGCACACCUUCGUCGUCCGCACCAGCCGCAUUUGCACCCGUGCCUCCAAAAAUCCAAAUUGACACCCAGGUGCAGGCAAAUAAGCCUAGUAUGCGUCGACGAAGGUCCAGUGUCACCGCAGCGCAAUCUCCACUAGGGACUGUGGGCAAAGCGCCUGGACAUGCUGCCCGAGCUUCUGCAGUGUCUCCGGCUAGGACUCGCCACCGCCGCUCGGAGAGCGAUGCCAUCGCGCGGAUGAGAAGCAAUAGCCUUGGUGAUAGCCUUCGACCGCGUCGUGGCGCCGUACGUGCCCCUGCACCAGCCCCGCCAGACAUGCCUCUUCCAGCUGUUCCUGCGCUCCCUGCAGAGUACGCACGUGGAACUGGCAAAAAUAGGGCCUCGAGUCCCGUGCGUCCGCCAUCCGACACGGUGACGUAUCGACGGACUUGCCUUUCGGACAAGGAUUGUGCACUUAAUUCUGGUCUUGGCUUGGGAGCAUUGGGAUCAUUUCCCGUUCCACCCUCAGCGGCGAGCACGGGCUCAUACCUGAGUUCCUCACAAAUGCUGCUAACACCGGGCUUCGCCUCGAAGCUGGCUCUGGCUCUGAACACACCACCCGGUUCAGACUAUCCGAGUCCGAAUCCCCUUCAGAGUCCCGUUGACCCCGUUCUUGGUGGCAAUUCGUACUUUGAGACACGGAUCACCACCGAUCAAGGCACGAAGGGGGAUUAACCAGUCAAGCUCCGACGUCGUCAUCCCUGCUUCGGCUUUC